UCUUUCCGCCCCGAGACUGAGAGAGUAGUUUCCGGGGUGAUCGAUGGCGAAGCUGACUUUCGUCAAACAUGUCGCGCACUUGCCGUGCUUUGGCCUGAGCUAAGCUAGACUGGGCUGGGCUGGGCUGAGCUGAGCUGGCUUGUCGGUCUGGCUGCGCCAAUUCAUCGUGAUUAUUGCGCGCGAUCGUCGCUGCGUCGGCGGGAGUCGCAAAAGUGCCGCCUUCCAGACGUAUUCUUAGUACGCGCAAACUGUACCAAGCUCCAAAUUUAUAUUGUGCUAAUUAUACGCAUCGUGUGGUCGCUCUAUACCGCUCAGUUUGUUGCCUUUGCGAGAGGGAGUACCGCUCGCACGGUGGUGGUGCGGUUGCGACAAUCGCGGAAGUAUUGUGCAAUACGCGACGACGUGCGCGAAUGAUUAUAGAGCGAUGGUCGCCGAGCGACGAAACUGCGGCCAUGCGAGGAGAGAAAGAGAGUGGUUGAGCGUGUGAUGAGAGCGGAGGGAGGAGAAAAGAGAAGAGAAGAGAAGAGAAACGACACGAAGAAGUAGCUGCGAGUCGAGCUCGCGGCGAGAACCCUCUUCGGGCAUCCGCGUCGGGGCGAAAAGAAACGCGCUCUCGGACAGAUCCUCGCGCGGCAAGGGAGCCGCGCACGGUUGAACCAACCGAAAAUAGACGGUGGGUGCGAUGCAAUAUCGCAGUAUUGCCAUCCUUCCGGGAAAAACUGCGCUACGGAGAACUGCUGAGGAAGAACGCGGCGCGCUCGCAAAUAGACACGUUAUUACAUAAGAUCGUGCUGGCUCUUCGCAACAUCGCGAGGCGGUGCAAACGCGAGACGGAUCAGAUGAGCGAGCGCAGGUGUUGUUGUCGCACGUAGCAGCCGUCGCAAGGGACAGACUUUGUGUCUCCUCGCGGUGAGCGACCUCAAAUCCAUGAACAGAAGAAGAACCCGGACGGGAGCAGCGCAUCAUCGUCUCCUCCGGUCGGAGGAAGAGGAGAAGAAGAAGAAGGAGAAGAAGAAAAAGAAGCAGCAGCAGCGGGACGACGAGAGGACGCCGGAGGAUGCGACCUCGUCGUGCCGGCGGCACCGUCGACUGAAGGACGACAAUGCCCCGCGGUGGAUGACGGCGCGUGCUGCUCGCUGGCCGAGAUGUACGGACGUCAGGGUGAUUCGAGCGACGACGGCUCCCAGGUGCCGCCGUGGCUCGUGCGCGCCGAAGUCACGAUCCGCCACGGCAACGCGGUGACCUCUGAGACCGUGCGACUGCCGUCAGGCACCAGCACCACCACCGACGCGGCUGGCAUCCGCAUGAUAUGCCGUUGGAACACGGGCGAGGCCAACUCGGCGGCUCCCACGCCGACGCCAACGGCACCGGCCGCGUCUUCGUCGUCGCUUGACGGCGCCAGCGGCGCCGGUGGCUUCGGCUUUCAGCGCGGAAAUAUACUCUUCACAUCCACGCCGCCCGAGAGACCGCCUCAACGCACGCCCGCCGGCUCCUACAUCCUGCCGCGGUCCGGCUCGUCGGGCAACGACGAUUCCAUCUCGUCGACGAGAGGCCGGGCGAACGUCUCCGACUCCGGUUACACCAGCGAGCAGUUCUCGCAUCCGCUCUCGUAUUCGAGCUUACCCUCGCGACGGCCGUCUCAGCAGUACAGUCGCAGGUGCAAGAGCACUUACAGCAUCGUCCUGCAGUCCAACGCGGCUGGCGCUGCCGACAAGCAGCUCGACGCGAGCUCGAAGAUUGCUACCUCGACCGCCAGGUCGCCGAGAACCUCGUCCGUCGACCCUUGGCAUCGACGACCGGCGCACCAUCAACACCAACAGCUGUUCCCGCGUUAUCAAUUCAGUGCGGUGCCGGAAGUGUGCGAGGACUGCGCGGAGGGCGGCGCCGCGUCGAGCGCCUUCACCACGCACUUCUGCACGCGGGUCGCGGAGAAGAGCGCGAACAGAGCCGCGGCUGUCGCCGCCGCCGCCACCACCGCCACGAUCAGCAAAGACGCGGCCUCGCAAACCACCGACGUCGAGUCCGUGCGCUCUUCGUCGACCGUGUCGAAGAGCGGUAAAGUCAGGAGGAGGUCAGCCACCGGUGCCUACCGGUCGGACGAGAAGAAGAAAGAGCAGGAGAUCCGGUCGGCCCCGGCGUCAGCGGGCACCGCCGGUGGUUCCGUUGCUUCAGCUGAUUCCGAGAAAUCUGAUUCGUCGGCGAGAGAAGACAGCAGCAAGCGCAAGUCGCGGACAGUGCACAUUGACGUGUACUGCACAGGCUCGGACGACGACCUCAGCACGGGCUCGACCAGCGAGGACGAGCCCAGCACGCCGAUGACCGUCUUCGAGAACGAGGACGUGAGGAUCACUCACACCCAGGCGACGAACAACCUACCGCGCGGGUUUCAGGACGAGAACGCGUUCCUGAAGCGCAGCGCCGAACGACGAUGCGCGAGUUUCCGCAACGCGCCGAUGAGGAUGCCCUCGUUGGCUAGCUCGAAGGGAUACGACAGCGAAGUGUUGAGCUCGCUGUACCCGUCGCGGUUCAGCUCGUACAGCGCCAUACGCGACCUCGACUCGGCGCCUUGGUCGGCGGCGUCGUCCAGCACGGCGGUCUCGUGCGACUCGACGACUAUGACCUCGUCGAAGGACACGUUCUCGGACAUGGAGUCCUUGAUCAACAGCAAGUCGGGCUUGAUGCCGUGCGAGAGCUUCGAGUACGCCAACUCCACGGACCGCGACAGGAUGCGGCGGAUGGACCUUGGCUCGAAGGCCGACAAGGAGAAGAGCAAGACCUGGCGGUCGCCGCAGGUCGAGCGCAGGCAGCUCUUGCGAAACAAGAAGAUGAAGGAAUACUUUGAGAAGCACGAGAUCGGCUGGUCGUCCGCGGACAGCGCCGAAGAGUCCGACGAAAGCGGAGCGGUCGGCUGGAGCUUCGUGUCCGGCGACGACAGGCCGCGAUUCGUUAAGAAAGACCCGGCCGCGGGUCGCAGGGGUCAAGUGGAAGAAUCUAACGUGACUGAUUUAGAUGCGACAGCGCCGGCGCCGGCGCCGGCGCUGGUGGACAGAGACGCUCGAGAGAAGGAACGGCCGCGAACGGCCGAGGCGAUGCAUGCCGACGAUCACGUUCUGUACUCGAACAUUCUGCGCGAUCGUAUCGGUCCGUUCGGCUCGAAGAGUCCAUCCCCUCUACCCUCGACCAUACCUUCCCGCGUAACCUCGCCCUUCACCACCCCGCAAGGCGAACGGACCGAUCACAUCUUGAAGGCGUCGAUGUUCGGCGCGGUGGUCAGCGCCUUCCGAAAGCCUGGCCAUCACAUCGGUCCCGCGAAGAAUCCCGCGUGCUCAUGCGAGCAUUGCCGCAGGUUCUUCGAGCAGGAGGCGAGGGGACGCUCCUCUUCGUUGAGCGAACUUGAGCGUCACCCGGGCUUCAAGCUGCGGAAGGACUGACGUCUCGCCCGAACAUUGAUCUUCGCGAGCGCGUUCUUCUUCUUCUUCUAGAUUUUACCGAACGUCUCUGCGAGUUGUGAAAUUGCCGGGUGUUCUCGCACAAAUCGAGCACGAACACGCGCGCCUCUUUUAGUUAGGCUCAAUGCGUCAUACUGAUCGCGCUUUGCUCCUCGCGUUAAUCGCGAAGAGGACACUGCGGAAACUCGUAUAUUGUGAUUUGUGUGAUUAAUUUAUAUUUCUCCAAGUAUUCCACGGUAUACUGUAUAACCUUUUCUAUUCGAGUUCGUUGCCCACGAGCGAGCUCUCUGCGCUGCACAUUCUGCUGGGAAUUGAGCAUUUAUGAGAAUUAACAAUGAUGUAUUGUCGAGAUUGCGCUGUUGUUAAUAAAUAAAUAAAUAUCAAUGAUAUACGCACUCGUCUAUACUCGUCUGCACGUACUACGCAACCCCUUUGUGUGCUCGUAUAAUAGAUAGUCGUAAUGUUGCAUUAUUAUAUAUGUAUAUUUCCGAUGAAUGUUUACAUAAAUUGUGUGUGG